AUGGCCGCUCAAGUUUGUAACGAUACAAGUGAUUCAGUUGAAUUAUGUCCUGCAAGAGGUCUUUACCUCAAGCCAGUGACAAAACUUACUAUUCUAGUAGGUUUGCCAGAGAUACGGGAAGUUGGAAUAACCAUUUCAAACUGGGAAGUAAUGGAGAAAGUCAAAUCUAUGGUCGCUCCAGUUCAAUUCAGUGUGCUGAGAGUUGUGGAGUCUUCACUGGAAAAAAUUCAGUUUGAAGCUGAAGUUGACACAAAAGCACUGUUGGCUAGAACUAUUACGAAACUGGAUGGUAAUAUGAUCAAAUUGAGUGGACUAGCAGAUGCCCUGAAAGUACGUGCCUAUGAAGCAAAAUUGAAAUACCCUGUCAAACAUGAUUGGCAGGCUUUCUUCAGAGACGCUAAGGAUUUGAAUGAGUGGAAACCUGGGGAAAGACCUGACACUAUCCAUGUAAAGGGCUUACCAUCCAAGUGGUUCAGUGAUGACAAAUCUGGAAAUAAACCAGUCAAAGAAGUGAUUGUUAGUGUGUUUGAAAAAUUUGGAAAGAUUCGUUAUCUAGAUGUGCCAAGUUUGGACCCGUAUAGAUCACGUAUCACCAAAGAGCAUCAAUCUAACUUUCAGACAUUCUGUUUUGGUUCUGAACUACAUUUUGAAGUGUAUAUUCAGUAUGAAGAUUAUCAGGGGUUUGUUAAUGCUAUGAAGGGGUUAAAGGGAAUGAAAUUAUUGUUAAUGUCUGAAGGCAGCAAAGCAGCAACAGCAACAAUUUGGUUUGAUUUUGAUAAAACCUGUCAUCUAAGUGAGACAAACAUUAGGAAGAGAAAUGCAGAAAGAAGACGUUUGAUUGAAGAAGACAGAUUGGAAGAGCUAAGAAAAGCACGAGCAAAGAAAGAGGCAGACGAAAGGGAGCGAGAAGAGAGAAGGAAAGCAGAAGAACAUGCUGCUGAGUUAUUAAGACAAAUACAAGAAAGUAAACGAAAGAAAGAGGAAAGGAGAAAGGCCAGGGAGGAAAGACGUAGACAAAAACGAGAGGAAAAGAAAAGAUUAGAAAGAGAACGUAAAGAAAGAGAAAAGCAGAUGUUGCUGGAAAAAGACCGUAUUGAGAAGUUACGAGAUACACAAGCAAGGAAUGUUUGUGAGGAACUUUUUCAAAGAAUUAGUGAUAUGCUCGCCGAGGAAGAAGAGGCAAGAAGAAAGCGGGAGAAAGAGCUUGCCAUCUUGGCUCAAAUCAAGGAAAAGAAAGAAAAGUUAGAACAGGAAUUGAGAAAGAAAGAAGAAGAUGAAAGAAUGAAAAAGAAACAAAUGGAAGCCGAUGAACAACAACUAAGAGAUAAACUUCUUAAAAAUCUUACAGUCAUGAAGGAAAGAAAAGCUGAACUGGAAAGAGAAAUAUUGCGCAAACAAAUCCAGGGGAAAAUAAAAAUGGUGUCAGUUGUAAAAACAAACACUUAA